GUUAUAGUAUCAAAGUAUGGACAAAUUGAAGAUGAUUUAUAUUUAGAUCCCAGAUCACAACAAACCUUUAAAUUCGAACACGUGCGUCAUACUGUAACAGAUGUGCAACCAUAUACUGUAGAUUCGUCAAUAGAACCAUUAAG